UCUUCAGUCAAAUUUCUCGAGCCUUUGUAUAUUUUUCAUCUGCAUCAAUAGAGAGUUGAUAUAGCCUUCCGUCCCUUUAUUCUUCUGUCUUAGUUUUAAAGCAAUAAAAGAAUGUAGUUUGGGAGUAUGUGAUCUAGUGUUAAAUCAAACCUUUGAGACCUAUCAAAUGUAACAUAUUUGUUUACUUCACACACACUUUUAGCUACUUUUAAAUUAUUGAUUUAACAAAACCCUUUUAUAAUAUUGUUAAAAAUUUAACACCCUAAUGGAACUUAGUCCCAGCCGGCCCAGAAAUCAGACGUACAAGUGCCUGUUGCUGGGUGAUUCUGGCGUAGGCAAGUCCACGUUCCUGCGUCGCCAUGCCACCGGAAAGUUCACUGAGCAGCAUGUGCCCACCAGGGGUCUCCUCGUCCACACGGUCCUGCUGCAGGCGGACUACCAAGCGGUGGCCCUGGAGCUUUGGGACGUGGCCGGCGAUGCCAGGCAUGGUGGUCUCCAGAAUGGAUACUAUUUCCAUGCCAAGUGCGCCAUCGUGAUGUUCGACCUGAGCGCCGAAUCCUCGGCGGCGAGCGUGGUGCAAUGGCUCCGCGAGGUGGACGAUAUAUGUGACCUUCAAAUUUCGGUGGUAAUUUGCGGUAAUAAGGCGGAUUUGAAGCCAAUGCCACAGAAGUUGCUGUAUCGUCGUCACCGUAGCAUUGACUACUGUGAAAUUUCCGCACGAGCCGCUUGGAAUCUUGACGAGCCCCUGAAGUUCCUGUGUCGGAGGCUGCUGAAUAAAUCCAAUUUGGUGCUGAUUUCCCAGCCGAUCGUUAAGGCAAUGCCGGGUUGUCUGCUGGACGAGCAAAAGAUUCGACGUCGAGUGGUGGACAUAAGGAAGAGGGCUCUUCCGGAGCAGAAUGACGAAAUGGAAACAUCCACGGCCACCAAAAGUCAUGUCAUCGUCCUAAAUUGAGCCCUGAAAUUGUAUGUAAUUAUAGUAGUAAAAUCAUAAGAUUGGCUAUCAGCACAUCAGUUUUUCUUUCUGUGUGGCAGAGGGGGACGCGAUCUAAGACUGGCGUAUGAAAUUAGGCGCUGCCAAUGCGCCGCCAGCUAUUUCGACCUGUCCGAAGCAUGAAAAGUGUGAAAACGAAUUAGUGCCCGAGCUCAGGGAUCUGGCCAGGUCGGAUUCCCCCACUCCGAAACGGGCUCAGAGUCUCACUGACUGAAGGAAUGAGGGCCGAGGGCAGACAGAGGUCGCAAAAGUUAUUAAGACAAUGUUCUGGACGAGGAAAUGGCCAACAAGGAGAUGAACCGAGAGUUACCUAUCAAGCUAGUCACCUUUUUUUCUAGUCACAAAUUUUAUCCGGGCGCAUCCUGAUAAAGUGCCCAAAAAGGAUUAUCCAAGUGAAGUGCAAGUCCAUCAUACAAAUCAACCGUGGCGAGGAUGACUUUGAUCUAUGAGUCCGACAAUAACUCGGGAUAUUUAAGUGAUCAUGGCUACCACGACAUGGGCUUCUUAAGCGAUGACGAUGGGGAUUCGGAUUUCGAUCAUCCCUCGUGGCCCUAUGACAGUGACUUUGGAGACGUUGUUGGUUUUUG